AACCUCUUGACUGGCCUCACAGGAAACAGGACCAAUAGAAACAGAACCUCUUGACAUCAGACUCUACUGACGUCAGACCAGUCAUCUGACACGGCUCCCAAUUUAGACACAGUGACAAUAGGAAAUCACUGUACCAACAGUAAUACUGCUGUUCCAACAUGCUGUUCUGCUCCAACAUGCUGUUCUGCUCCAACAUGCUGUUCUGUUCCUACAUACUGUUCUGUUCGUACAUACUGUUCUGUUCCUACAUACUGUUCUGCUCCAAGAUACUGUUCUGUUCCUACAUACUGUUCUGCUCCAAGAUACUGUUAUGUUCCUACAUACUGUUCUGUUCCAACAUGCUGUUCCUACAUACUGUUCUGUUCCUAUAUGCUGUUCUGUUCCAAUAUGCUGUUCUGCUCCAACAUGCUGUUCUGUUCCUACAUGCUGUUCUGUUCCUACAUACUGUAAUGUUUCUACAUGCUGUUCUGCUCCAACAUGCUGUUCUGCUCCAACAUGCUGUUCUGCUCCAACAUGCUGUUCGUACAUGCUGUUCUGCUCCAACAUGCUGUUCUAUUCCAACAUGCUGUUCGUACAUGCUGUUCUGCUCCAACAUGCUAUUCUGCUCUAACAUGCUGUUCUAUUCCAACAUGCUGUUCUGCUCCAACAUGCUGUUCUGCUCCAACAUGCUGUUCUGCUCCAACAUGCUGUUCUGCUCCAACAUGCUGUUCUGCUCCAACAUGCUGUUCUAUUCCAACAUGCUGUUCUAUUCCAACAUACUGUUCUCCUCCAACAUGCUGUUCUGUUCCAACAUGCUGUUCUGUUCCAACAUGCUGUUCUGCUCCAACAUGCUGUUCUGCUCCAACAUGCUGUUCUGCUCCAACAUGCUGUUCUAUUCCAACAUGCUGUUCGUACAUACUGUUCUCCUCCAACAUGCUGUUCUGUUCCAACAUGCUGUUCUGUUCCUACAUACUAUUCUUGCUUCAACAUGCUGUUCCUGCAUACUGUUCCUACAUGCUGUUCUGUUCCUACAUGCUGUUCUGUUCCUACAUGCUGUUCUGUUCCUACAUGCUGUUCUGUUCCUACAUGCUGUUCUGCUCCUACAUGCUGUUCUGCUCCUACAUACUGUUCUGCUCCUACAUACUGUUCCUACAUGCUGUUCUGUUCCUACAUACUGUUCUGUUCCUACAUACUGUUCCUACAUACUGUUCUGUUCCUACAUACUGUUCUGUUCCUACAUACUGUUCCUACAUACUGUUCUGUUCCUACAUGCUGUUCUGUUCCUACAUACUGUUCUGCUCCUACAUACUGUUCCUACAUGCUGUUCUGUUCCUACAUACUGUUCCUACAUACUGUUCCUACAUACUGUUCUGUUCCUACAUGCUGUUCUGUUCCUACAUACUGUUCUGUUCCUACAUACUGUUCUGUUCCUACAUACUGUUCUGCUCCUACAUACUGUUCCUACAUACUGUUCUGUUCCUACAUGCUGUUCUGUUCCUACAUGCUGUUCUGUUCCUACAUGCUGUUCUGUUCCUACAUGCUGUUCUGCUCCUACAUGCUGUUCUGCUCCUACAUACUGUUCUGCUCCUACAUACUGUUCCUACAUACUGUUCUGUUCCUACAUGCUGUUCUGUUCCUACAUACUGUUCUGCUCCUACAUACUGUUCCUACAUACUGUUCUGUUCCUACAUACUGUUCUGCUCCUACAUACUGUUCCUACAUGCUGUUCUGUUCCUACAUACUGUUCCUACAUGCUGUUCCAACAUACUGUUCUGCUCCUACAUACUGUUCCUACAUACUGUACCUACAUGCUGUUCCAACAUGCUGUUCUGUUCCUACAUACUGUUCCUACAUACUGUUCUGCUCCUACAUACUGUUCCUACAUAGACUGUACUAUGGACCUCUUACAUUUAGAAUUUUAGCUUCCAGGCAACACUGUUUAAAGAUGUUCCAUGUUACCUUGUUAUUCCAUCAGAAGAAUAGUGUCUCUAUGUGAAGCUGUGAAUGUGUUGAAUUCUCCUUGUUCCCUUGUUAUUCCAUCAGAAGAAUAGUGUCUAUGUGAAGCUGUGAAUGUGUUGAAUUCUCCUGGCUUGUGGUGAGGACACAAGAGGUUCUAACGCUCUCUACCUGAACAUAAUAUCUGCCUCCUUGUUCGUCCUCACUGGUGUCUCAGCAUUGUGGAGUUGAGGCAGACCUGAACCCUGACCCUGCUAACUCUAACCUUACAGAGUGGAGCCAGGGUAGGAACCAUAGACCUGAACUCUGACAGACAGAACUAGGACCAGCUAACCAGGUGGUGGAGUGGCAGGUGAAUAUGGAACACGCUGAGGUAGAACAGAAUGGUAGUGAACAACAGACAGAUCCCACAACACUGGGUCAUUGCUACCAUAGUGACAGGCGGUAUAAGUAGUGCACUAUAUAGGGAAUAGAGGACCAGGGUUCAGCCCUGCCUCAACUCCACCAUGCUGAGACACCAGUGAGGACGAACAAGGUGGUUUCGCUCCGACAAGGUUUCGCACAGACAGACUCACUACAAUACAAUCACAACACUGUAUAUCUGGAUGUGGUGUGGCUGAUGACUGUUGGCUGCAUUGUGUUUUAGUUGGUUUGGAGCUUCUCUGUCUGUCUCAGUAGCUUGGUUCUGAUUCUCUCUGUAGCUUGGUUCUGAUUCUGUGUGUAGCUUGGUUCUGAUUCUGUGUGUAGCUUGGUUCUGAUUCUGUUUGUAGCUUGGUUCUGAUUCUGUGUGUCUCUGUAGCUUGGUUCUGAUUCUGUCUGUAGCUUGGUUCUGAUUCUUCAUGUUAUUGUGACCCUGUAGAGCUGCUCUAUACUCUUAACAGCCACAAAGACACAAAAGGGUUUUGAGUCCCAAAUGGCACCCUAUUCCCUCUAUAGUGUACUACUUUUGACCAGGGCCCAUAGGGAAGAAGGACACUAUGUAGGUAAUAUGGUGCACUUUGGGAUGUUCCCACAGUCUUCCCUGUUGCGGUCAAACUCCUCGUCUCCUUUACCAGACGAUUUCCUUAUAGAAAAUUAUACAUCUGUCAUCAGUUGAUGCUGUAUUGGCCGGUUUUCAGUUGACUAGUCUUUUCACUUUUAAGGACAGAAGUGAUAUUUGUUCUGCUGUAUUACUGAUGUGUGAUGUAAGGCCUGUUGAUGGUGCUGCAUUGACUGGACUGUACCAUCAUUACCAACCCCUCUAGUUCACAGCUCUUGAUAAAGAUCACCAAUAAUGACUGUAGAAAAUAAAUCCUUCAAUACUCUUUUAGUUUAGUAUUUGGUUCCAUAUUCCUAGCACGCAAUAACUACAUCAAGCUGUCACUCUACAACCUGUUUCAGAUUAUUUUUUCCCAAUAGUAAUGAAUUGGGAAAUAAUAUAAUGUGUCAUUUUGGAGUCACUUUUAUUGUAAAUAAGAAUAUAAUAUGUUUCUAAACACUUCUACAUUAAUGUAAUGAAUCGGGAAUAAUGAUGAGUGACAAAGUUACAGAGGGUCAAAGAUCAUAAU